AUGAACGGCGGUCGAUGGCACUGAAGCGCCAUCGUGACCACGUGUCAAUAACUACUAACUAAGGACUUCGUCUCGAAGCUCUGUUUUGUGAACGCAAAUAUGUUUGACAACAGCUUACUGUCAAGCAACUCUUUUACCGUAAUUCCUUUUUGAUUCACGGUACUGCUUCGAGGUAAUACAAAAUUGAUAUGCACUUAGUGCAUGCCUUGUAAAUAGAUCGUCAAAUUUUGGAUAUUCUACCUUCGUGCGGGGGCUAGUCUAUUGUUUGGCAAGUUUAUUUAUUGUUUUUUUUAGAAAUUCCAUUAGUCAGGUCGAGUUGUAAUUAUCGAUAACGUAAACAGCGAUGGUACCUUUAUCAAUGACUUGUCGUAUCAUCGCAGUUUUUAUUCAGAAAUAGAAACUAUUUACAACUUGACCUAACCAUCUAAGGUUAAGGACACACGUUUCGUAGCUUUAUGUCUCCUUCCAGAAUGACCGACAUGGCAGAAAAGGCAGAUCACAAGCUGUGCAGAGAAGACUUCACGCCGGGUCCUGCCAGUUACAGCGAGGUCUAUCCUGGUUUAUAUCUUGGAAAUCUUUCAGCCGCUACGGAUAUCGAAUGGCUGAGGGAAGCGAAGAUAGACUAUAUACUUACAGUAGAUUCUUGUCCGAUACCACGACAGAUUCCAGAGCUUCUACCUAAUUUAACCAUCAAGUAUAUUCAAAUUACUGAUAUGCCACGCGAAGAUCUUCUUACUCACUUCGGAAUAUCUUACGAGUUCAUAAAUCAUGCUCUAGAAUCGAAUAGCAGAAUAUUAGUGCAUUGCUAUCUCGGUGUCUCCAGAUCAGCCACAUUGGUGAUCGCCUAUUUGAUGAAAAAAUACAGGAAAAGUUACUGCGACACGUUCGAGAUCGUGAGAGAGAAGAGACCGAUGAUUGGACCGAAUCGUGGCUUCGUAGCCCAGCUGAAACUGUACGAAGACAUGGACUUCGAGAUAGAUAGCACCAGCAUACGGUUCAAAAUGUACAGACUGCAAAUCGCAGCGGACAAGGUCCGGAAAGCGAAGAUUUUACCGCAGGACUGCAUGGACCUGGUGAGACCAGAUCCAGCGCUUGCCACGGUACGUCCAGAGCCUACGGUCUAUCGUUGCAAGAAAUGCCGGCGAAUAGUCGCCAGCGCCAGCAACAUCUUGCCACACGCCCCGAGGGAGAAACAGAUAUGGAGGCACAUAAGUACAAAGAGAACAUCCAAACAAUCAAAAGCUGUGCACGAGCCUUUGGAACUACCAAAGAAGGACGAGCACGAGCCGGUAGAGUUUUGUACGAAAAUAUUGUUCGUCGAACCGAUGGCUUGGAUGCCCGAUAUAACGCAUAACGUCGAGGGGAAACUGAACUGCCCGAAAUGCAGCGCGAAACUGGGCUCGUUCAGUUGGAUAGCGGGCAAUCAAUGUCCAUGCGGCAGCAAAAUAGCCCCCGCGUUUUAUCUGGUUCCAUCCAAGGUAGAUUGGAGCAAUGCCGUGCAGAACGUACAAGUAACUGUAUAAUGCUAGAAAUGUAUUUGUAUAUUUUAAGAACUUUUGGACGGACGAUUAACAUAUACCGUAUAAGAACAGAUUUUUGGAACCUUUUUACGUGGGAUAUCGUAGCUUGUUUAAUGUCGCCACGGACGCACGUAUCCGACCAAUGCGUCUGAAAAAAACAAAAGAAAAAAAGAAUUGGUAUUCUAAUUUUCAUGUGCCAAUGUUAAAACGCUGUCCACAAGGGGACGCAGAGUUCUCCGACUGCAACGUUAAUUGCCGCAACGCAUAAACGACCCGUUCUUCCGUAAUUUCGUUUUUUCUAUUCAUAUACAAUACGUAAUAUUCCUUUUGUCUACUACCGCCGUAUUCAGCGUUAACGUCAGCGUGUGUACAACGUGUUAUUAUUAAUCAUUUCCGUAGCGUUAGAGUACCAUUUUUGCUGUAUAUCCAUACUUCUUGUAUCGAUAACAUAUAAUAUAUAUUUACGAUUUCUACCAUUUAUUAAUCUA